AAUGUCAAAUCCAUGUGUUGAGACCUGAUUACUACCUAACUAAACUAGUAAAUCGAACUGCCGGUCAAGGAAACGAUUAAUAAAUGAAUUGGGGCACAUGUUUGUUUUUUUGUAUUUUUCUGUAAUUUUCCUAUUUACAACAGAAUUGACGAGAAGUGGAAGCCGAGAGGUACAGAAAUCCAGAAAAGGGCGUCAGAAUGAAACUCCCCUCAAUAAUAACAUUAUCGUUUUCUCCUGGAGAAAGGGUCUUUAUACCUACCUAUAAUAUCCACAAUUAUUAUUUUUUUCUAGCUUGAACUCUGGCUCGCCUUUUUGGCUAUAUUUAGCUCAAAAAUGGCGCUAUUAAGACGGCGAAAGGCAAGCGAGCCAGAGAGCUCGGAUAACGAUAAGAAGCAGGCGGAUGAGCAGCAGCAGGAGAAGGGAAAGGAAAAGGAAAAAGAAAAGGAGAAGGGAAAGGAAAAGGAAAAAGAAAAGGAGAAGAAAAAGAGCACUAGAAGUAAAUGGAGCUGCAUCGACAACUGCUGUUGGUUGAUUGGCUAUGUAGUCGUCAUUUGGUGGCUGCUUAUGGUUCUGUAUAACGCCCUGCCUCCUUCGCUGCCGCAAUAUGUAACAGAGGCCAUAACUGGACCUCUUCCCGAUCCUCCGGGCGUCAAGCUAAAAAAGGAAGGGUUGAAGGCGCACCAUCCCGUGGUUUUUGUGCCCGGAAUUGUCACCGGCGGGUUGGAGCUGUGGGAGGGCCAUCCCUGUGCCGAUGGCCUGUUCAGAAAACGCCUCUGGGGUGGCACAUUCGGAGAAGUCUACAAGAGGCCUCUGUGUUGGGUGGAACAUAUGUCAUUGGACAAUGAAACGGGAUUGGAUCCUGCCGGAAUUAGGGUGAGGGCUGUCUCAGGGCUUGUAGCAGCAGAUUAUUUUGCACCAGGGUAUUUUGUAUGGGCAGUGCUGAUUGCUAACUUAGCUCAAAUUGGGUAUGAGGAGAAAACUAUGCACAUGGCUGCAUAUGAUUGGAGGAUUUCUUUCCAAAAUACUGAGGUGCGAGACCAAACCUUGAGCAGGAUGAAAAGUAACAUAGAGCUUAUGGUAAAAACAAAUGAUGGCAGCAAGGUGGUUAUCAUACCACAUUCAAUGGGUGUCCUAUACUUUUUGCACUUUAUGAAGUGGGUGGAGGCCCCUGCUCCCAUGGGUGGUGGAGGUGGCUCAGACUGGUGUGCCAGACACAUAAAAGCAGUAAUGAAUAUUGGAGCACCAUUUCUUGGGGUCCCGAAAGCUGUCACUGGACUUUUUUCAGCUGAAGCCAAAGAUGUUGCUGUUGCUAGGGCAAUUGCUCCUGGUGUUGUAGGCAAUGAAUUGUUUGGAAGGCAGACUCUUCAACAUGUCAUGCGCAUGACUCGUACUUGGGAUUCUACCAUGUCGAUGCUACCAAAAGGCGGUGAAACAAUUUGGGGUGACUUGGACUGGUCUCCAGAAGAAGGAUCUGACUGCCACACAAAGAGAGACAGAAAUGAUGAGGUGCAUGAUCUAACAAACUCAAGUGCAGAAACACAGAGACCUACGGAAAAACCUCUGGCACGUUAUGGAAGGAUUAUUUCAUUUGGGAAGGAUGCAGCAGAACUUCCUUCAUCAGAGAUAGUGAUGAGUGACUAUAAGGUUGCACCUGAAGGUAAGAGCCUCGUAACGUCCAAUGCAUCUUGUGGUGAUGUCUGGACUGAAUACCAGGAAAUGAGCUGGGAGAGCAUCAAGGCCAUUGCUGAACAUAAAUUAUAUACAGCAGGAAGUGUCUUAGAUCUACUACACUUUGUUGCUCCAAAGUUGAUGCAACGUGGAGAUGAUCAUUUUUCUUAUGGUGUUGCUGAAAAUUUGGAUGAUCCAAAAUAUGAACAUUAUAAAUAUUGGUCUAAUCCACUCGAGACAAAAUUGCCAAAUGCUCCAGACAUGGAAAUUUUCUCCUUGUAUGGAGUUGGCAUCCCUACAGAACGAUCGUAUGUGUACAAAUUGUCACCUUCUGCUGACACGUGCUACAUACCAUUUCAAAUUGACAGUUCAGCUGAAGGGGGGAAUGCAGGCAGUUGCCUGAAAGGUGGUGUAUACUUAGCCGAAGGCGAUGAAACUGUGCCAACACUUAGUGCUGGGUUCAUGUGUGCUAAAGGUUGGCGUGGACAGACUAGAUUCAAUCCUUCAGGUAUGGCAACCUAUGUAAGGGAGUAUUUACAUGCCCCACCUGCAAACUUGUUGGAAGGUCGUGGUACCCAGAGUGGUGCUCAUGUUGAUAUUAUGGGGAAUUUUGCCUUGAUAGAGGACAUUAUAAGAGUAGCUGCAGGUGCAAAGGGGAAAGACUUAGGAGGAGAUCAGGUGUAUUCUGAUAUUUUCAAAUGGUCUGAGAAGAUCAAACUGAAGCUAUAAAUAUUAACAUGAGUAUUCUGCCAUUUUUUAUUCAUGGAUAAAUUGCGAAUUUGGAAAUAUUGCUGUAGUGUUAAUGCAUUGGAAACAUGAAGUCAUAAUGAACAGUCCUGGCUCUAAUUUCAGGGAUUGUUUAUUGGGAUUGAUGUAAUUUUUGGCAUAUUGCAAAUGUAUAGAAGGAAGAUUUUAAAACUUU